ACUGUAUUUCUAUUUGUGAUCGAUAAAUUAUUUGCCGAGUGCUUUUACUCGCCAGUCUAAUUGGUAAUGGGUUAGUUGUGUACGUUUAUACUUUCAAGAUGAAAUCAAAAACAGAUGACAGAUAUAUUAUUCCAUGCCUAGCAGUUGUUGAUAUGUUCGCAUGUGGCCUUGGUGUAUCAUUUGGGACAAUGAUGAACUUUAAUCCGUUGAACUUUCGAAAAGGCGUCAUAUGCAAAUUGAUCUGGAGUGCAAAUAAAUUUACUGCAACAAGUUCGGGUCUGAUGCUUUUAGCAAUUGCUGUGCAACGGUAUAUUAAGAUCAGUCGACUAUCGAACUCGUCCAUGAGCUUGCGAAGGAAACGAUUGACAAUUACAGCAAUCAUAAUCGUAUCAAUUGUUAUAUCACUUCCGUGUUUUGUCUUGUAUGGCGAGGCAAAGGUUCCAUUGAAAAGUGAAAACAGAACAAUUACGGGAUACAAUUGUGGCGCUUUGCCUAAUGUGAAUCGAGAUUUUCUAUUUGGUUAUUCAGUUAUACUGUUACUAUUAUGUUUGGCUGGAAUUUUUGCACUCAUCGCAAUAUAUUGCGUAUUACUUCGUAUCAUAUAUAAACAAGAAUCUUUCUUAAAGAGAAAUUGGUCAGCCCUACGUUCUGUAGGCGUCAAUGUACAUCAUAGUAUCGCAAAUCAGAUUAUGAAAGAUUCUGAUUCAACUAAUUGUGGAGAUGCUAAAUCUUCUGUUGACAAAUCUGAAUCCCACAACACGGACAAUCAAUCAACGUCGACAAGCUACCAAAAGGACGACACAAAUGGAGGAUUCGACAUUAAGGGACAUAGGUCUACUGUUCCUUCUGGAAUCCAACCAAGACGGACAUCAAAAUUAACCAAAAUUCUUUGUCGAAUCAAGCGUAAACAUCGAUUCUCUAUAAUGUUCUUCCUUAUCACAUUAUUAUUUAGUAUCUCCUAUUUUCCUAGAACUGCGUUGAUGAUUGUAGAAUCUGUGAUAAGUAAUUUCUGGGAUAAGUUAGCAGAUGCAGAAUACGUCAUAGUUUUAUGUUUUUACAGAGGAUAUCUAACAAAUAAUGUUGUUAAUCCUGUUAUAUAUUUGAUUUUUGAUACAGUAUUUAGAACAUCUUGCAAGCAACUGUGUUGCAGACAUCGAUAAGACCACAUAAUGGUCAAAUGUAUAAACACGUAUAUAUUUUUCUAAUUGUAAUAUUGAUCUAAUUACAAAACUUCAUAAUUUA